GCCAGAGAGCGGCGGCUGCGGCCUCCCCUGCGUCCAGCCACCCGGCGGGCCCGCUGACCCCGGGGCCCGCGCCCCCCGCGCAGGGAUGCAUCAUGGCCACGAUGGCUUGUCGGGUGCAGUUCUUGGACGACACGGAUCCUUUCAAUAGCACCAACUUCCCGGAGCCCAGCCGACCGCCGCUGUUCACGUUCCGCGAGGACCUCGCGCUCGGCACCCAGCUGGCCGGGGUCCAUCGGCUGCUGCGGGCGCCGCACAAGCUGGAUGACUGCACACUGCAGCUGUCCCACAAUGGCACCUACCUGGAUCUGGAAGCCACCCUGGCGGAGCAACGGGAUGAGCUGGAAGGCUUCCAAGAUGAUGCUGGGCGUGGCAGGAAGCACAGCAUCAUCCUUCGGACACAGCUGUCAGUGAGGGUCCAUGCCUGCAUUGAAAAACUCUACAACUCCAGUGGACGAGAUUUAAGAAGGGCCCUUUUCUCCUUAAAGCAGAUAUUUCAGGAUGACAAGGAUUUGGUGCAUGAAUUUGUGGUGGCUGAAGGCUUGACAUGUUUGAUCAAGGUGGGAGCUGAGGCUGAUCAGAAUUAUCAGAACUACAUUCUAAGAGCUUUGGGCCAGAUUAUGUUGUACGUGGAUGGGAUGAAUGGAGUGAUCAACCACAGCGAAACCAUUCAAUGGCUCUACACUCUUAUUGGGUCAAAGUUCCGCCUGGUGGUUAAGACUGCCCUGAAGCUCCUGCUUGUCUUCGUGGAGUACUCUGAGUCCAAUGCGCCCCUCCUCAUUCAAGCUGUGUCUGCUGUUGACGCCAAGAGAGGCAUCAAACCCUGGUCCAACAUCAUGGAAAUCCUGGAGGAAAAAGAUGGAGUGGACACAGAGCUGCUGGUUUAUGCAAUGACUUUAGUGAACAAGACAUUGUCAGGAUUACCAGAUCAAGAUGCCUUCUACGACGUGGUGGACUGUCUGGAGGAACUGGGCAUUGCUGCUGUCUCCCAGAGGCACUUAAACAAGAGAGGGACCGACCUGGACUUGGUGGAGCAAUUCAAUAUUUAUGAGGCAGCACUCAGGCACGAGGAUGGUGAUGAGACUGCAGAACCACCCCACAGCGGGCACCGGGAUCGGAGGAGGGCCAGCGUGUGUUCCAGUGGCAAUGGAGGUGAACAUCAACACCUUGACCGCAGAAGGAGUCGCAGACACUCAAUACAGAAUGUCAAGAGCUCGCUGUCAGCUCCCACCAGUCCUUCUUCCCAGCUGGAUCCUACCUUCAAGCCCAGUCAAGUGCGAGAUCUCUGUGAAAAGGAUGAGGAGGAGGAAGAGGAAGAGCCAAUCACGGAGCCCAAUUCAGAGGAGGAGAGAGAGGACGAGGCCCAAUGUCAGGGCAAGGAAAGCAAAGCCAGCUCUCCCUCCAAGCAGAGCCCCCAUGGGAAGUACGCUGAUCCAGAGAGCUCUGGGCUCCCAGCCAUCUCAAGUGCCACCUCACAUGGAAGGCAGCUUCCAGGCAGGCCUGAGGCCACCCAAUCUACUCUUCUGCCACCUUCCAGCCCUGCUGUGGCCAAUCUGUCCUCUUCCACCAUGCCCAAAGCAUCCCCCACUAUAAACAAGCUGCCCUAUGUACCUCACAGUCCAUUUCACCUCUUCUCUUAUGACUUUGAAGACUCUCCUUUAUCCACCAAGGACAAGGAAGCAGAGCCCCAGAAGGAAAACAGAUACAGCAGCCUCAGCAACAACUCUUUUUCCUCCUCAAGACCCUCAUCUGGACUGAGUGUGUCCCCCACAACCACAUCAUCUCUCUUACCUCCACAGGAGGCCAGGACAGAUAGGUCGGCAUCAAGUGGUCUUCUCACAUCAUCUUUUAGGCAGCACCAAGAGUCACUGGCGGCAGAGAGAGAGAGACGGCGACAGGAAAGAGAAGAGAGGCUGCAGAGAAUAGAACGGGAAGAAAGAAACAAAUUCAACCGAGAGUAUUUAGACAAAAGAGAGGAGCAAAGACAAGCAAGAGAAGAAAGAUACAAAUACUUGGAGCAGUUGGCAGCUGAGGCACACGAGAAGGAGCUGAGGAGCCGGAGUGCGAGCCGUGACAGAGCUGACCUCUCUCUGGACCUCACCUUGCCAGUAGCCUCAGCUUUGUCUGCUGCUCGAAGCCAAAGCCCUUCAUCUCUAGACUUGGAGGGGUCUUCCACGGUGUCACCUUCCUCCCUAGCAUCCCCUCAGCAUCUCCAAGUGAGUCCUGGGGAUCCUGAGCCUGAACCGGAGGCAGAGGCGGGGCAGGUUGCAGAUGAAGCCAGCCAGGACAUAGCCUUGGCCCCAGGGGGAGCAGAGAGCGAAGGGGAGCGGGCACUGGAGCCAGAGCCAGAAAGAAGAUCCUCCCUCAGUGAGAAAGAGAGACAAAACGAGGAGGUGAACGAGAGGGACAACUGUUCCGCCUCCAGCAUCUCAUCCUCCAGCAGCACAUUGGAGAGGGAGGAGAAGGAGGACAAGCCCUCCAGGGACAGGGCAACUGGUUUGUGGUCCACAGGCCUUCAGGAUGCAGGUGUAAAUGGACAGUGUGGCGACAUCCUCACCAACAAACGGUUCAUGCUGGAUAUGCUGUAUGCCCAUAACAGAAAGUCUACCGACGAUGAGGAGAAGGAUGAGACUGGGAGGACAGAGCAGGAGGCGGAGGCAGUGGCCAGCCUCUCCAGCAGGAUAUCCACACUGCAGGCCAACUCUCAAGCCCCAGAGGAAAGCGUUAGGAGGGUGGAUGUGGGCUGCUUGGACAACCGGGGCAGUGUGAAAGCAUUUGCUGAGAAAUUCAACAACGGGGACUUGGGAAGAGGUUCUCUCUCUCCUGAUGCAGAGUCCAAUGACAAGAGCCCAGAAACGGCACCUGCACAACUGAAGACAGAAUCUGACUACAUCUGGGACCAGCUCAUGGCCAAUCCAAGGGAGCUCAGAAUUCAAGACAUGGAUUUCACCGACCUAGGGGAGGAAGAUGACGUCGAUGUCCUGGACAUGGACCUGGGUCCUAGGGAAGCUCCUGGGCCCCCUCCCCCUCCCCCACCCAUCUUUCUGGGUUUGCCACCCCCACCCCCUCCACCCCUGUUGGACAGUGUGCCUCCCCCUCCAGUCCCCAGUAAUUUAUUGGCUCCUCCUCCUCCAGUGUUCAGUGCUCCUCAGGGCUUAGGGUGGUCCCAGGUACCGAGGGGUCAGCCUGCAUUUACUAAGAAAAAGAAGACUAUCCGUCUGUUCUGGAAUGAAGUCCGGCCCUUUGAAUGGCCUUGUAAGAACAACCGCCAUUGCAGAGAAUUCCUGUGGUCGAAACUGGAACCAAUUAAGGUGGAUACUUCCAGACUGGAGCACCUGUUUGAAUCUAAAUCCAAGGAACUGUCUGUCACGAAGAAAACUGCUGCAGAUGGAAAAAGACAGGAGAUCAUCGUUCUAGAUUCCAAGAGGAGCAAUGCCAUCAAUAUUGGCCUGACAGUCUUGCCCCCUCCAAGAACAAUUAAGAUAGCUAUUUUGAAUUUUGAUGAAUAUGCCUUAAACAAAGAAGGAAUUGAGAAAAUUCUAACAAUGAUUCCCACUGAAGAGGAGAAACAGAAAAUCCAGGAAGCUCAGCUGGCUAACCCUGAGGUUCCCUUGGGCAGUGCAGAGCAAUUCCUGCUCAUGCUCUCCUCCAUCAGUGAGCUCUCAGCUCGGCUCCAGCUCUGGGCAUUUAAAAUGGAUUAUGAAACCACAGAAAAGGAAGUAGCAGAACCACUUUUGGACCUGAAAGAAGGAAUAGACCAGUUGGAGCACAAUCAAACUCUGGGCUAUAUCCUAUCUACGCUCCUAGCCAUUGGGAACUUUCUAAAUGGAACUAAUGCCAAAGCGUUUGAGUUAAGCUACCUCGAGAAGGUUCCAGAAGUCAAAGACACAGUGCACAAGCAGUCGCUUCUCCACCAUGUAUGCUCCAUGGUGGUAGAAAACUUUCCAGACAGCUCUGAUCUGUACACAGAGAUUGGAGCCAUCACCAGGUCAGCCAAGGUUGACUUUGAUCAACUUCAGGAUAAUUUAUGUCAGAUGGAGAAAAGAUGCAAAGCUUCAUGGGAUCACCUCAAGGCAAUUGCAAAACAUGAAAUGAAACCAGUUUUAAAACAACGGAUGUCAGAGUUCCUCAAAGACUGUGCAGAACGAAUUAUCAUUUUAAAGAUUGUCCAUAGGAGGAUAAUUAACAGAUUCCACUCUUUUUUGCUCUUCAUGGGCCAUCCUCCUUAUGCAAUUCGAGAAGUGAACAUAAACAAGUUCUGCCGGACCAUUAGUGAAUUUGCACUAGAGUAUCGCACCACCAGGGAAAGGGUUUUGCAGCAGAAACAAAAGCGGGCCAACCACAGAGAAAGAAAUAAGACCAGAGGGAAGAUGAUCACUGACUCUGGCAAAUUCUCUGGCAAUUCUCCAGUGCCCCCAAGCCAGCCGCAGGGUCUGAGCUAUGCUGAAGAUGCAGCUGAACAUGAGAACAUGAAGGCUGUGCUGAAAACCUCGUCCCCUGCUGUGGAGGAUGCCACCCCUGUGCUUGUCCGCACUCGCAGCCGAGCAAGCCGAGGAUCUACUAGUUCGUGGACUAUGGGAACUGAUGACUCACCUAAUGUCACCGAUGAUGCAGCUGAUGAGAUCAUGGACCGAAUUGUUAAGUCGGCCACCCAAGUGCCCAGUCAGCGAGUCGUGCCGAGGGAGAGGAAGCGAUCUCGGGCCAACCGCAAAUCUCUAAGAAGAACCCUCAAGAAUGGUCUGACUCCAGAAGAAGCCAGAGCCCUGGGCCUGGUCAGCACCUCUGAGAUGCAACUAUGACUCUUCAGUGUGCUAGACAGAGGAGCAUCCACUUAGCAGUGGGGAGUACUCAUUUCUAGGUGUCACCACGUGGCUUGUGUUGCCUGCUCUACAUUGGCAUGGAUCUCCAGGAAUCUCUCCUUCCUAUCCACUUUUCAUCAUGUCAGCCGUGUUUCUUUUGUUUUCUUGAUACCUGGUUUAUUAAUUCUGAAGUGGGACACCUUUUCUGGGAAGGAACAGCCCUUUUCAGGAACAAAUCACUUCUGUCACAGUUGUUAUGAGAAUAUGAGGCAAUUUGUUUAGAUUCACAGACUGGAUCUCCAUAACACCAAAACAUCCAGAUGUACACUCCAACCUUGUACACAAAAGAAGGCACAGAUUGUUUACAAGUUCUGGAUUUUCGAUGUACUAAAUGUUUAUACAAAUUCAUAAAUGUACACCAUGUUUCAAAUACUAAAUAAAGAGUUUAAUGUCA